GUGUUGCGAAGAGGCGAAAUUAUUAGUGGCAAAAAGCAAGAAAGAAGCCGAAAUAAUAAUAAAUAAAACAAUAUUUAACAAAAUGAGUAGGAAUUAUAAAGAGGACCAAACCAAUGAGAUAGAAGCUCUGGAUUCUAUUUAUUGCGGUGAAAUGGAAAUUUUGGCAACAGAGCCAUUCCAUAAAUUCCAAAUCCCUAUAGCGACUGAAGAGUACAAUUCGGAAGAUAAUGAUAACGGACUGGCCUGCAAAUUAGUUUUUACCUAUACAGCGAACUAUCCCGAUGGAGCACCUGAGGUGGAAAUCGAGGAUGCUGAGAAUUUCAAAGAUUCAUUUGAAACACGACUGUUGGAACAUUUGCACAAGACAAUUGAGGAAAACCUUGGUAUGGAGAUGAUAUUCUCAUUGGUAAGCAGUGGUCAAGAGUGGCUUAAUGAACGCUGGGAUGAUCACAAAAGGGAAUUGGAGGAGACCCGUGUACGUAAACUGCAAGAAGUAGAAGAAGCUGAGCGGAAGAAAUUCGAGGGCACCCGGGUGACAGUCGAGACAUUUAUGAAAUGGAAGCAGGACUUUGAGGAGACUACGGGAAUUGCGGCCAAACGAGAGAAAAAUAACGAUUGCAAAAAGGUAACUGGCCGAGAACUCUUCCUACGGGACAACACACUGAACGAAUCGGAUAUUAAAUAUUUGUUGGAGGCUGGCGAGAAUAUUGAGAAUGUUAAAAUUGAUGAAACACUCUUCCAAAAUAUUGGUGAACUGGAAUUGGACGAUGACGACGAGGACGAUGAUGAGGAUUGGGUGCCAGGAGCGGAUGAUUAGAAAGAAAAGAAUAAAAUAGUUGAAGGCAUAUUCGCGUACUUUUUUAUUAUACAAAACAUUGAAAUAUAAAA